GCAAAGACCAAGCAGCAAAAACAUCAUAGCACAUUCCUGGGUAGUCCUCAGCUGCCAGCAUCUGAUUAAAACCAUAUCUCUCGCUGUGAGUGGCUAAAUAAUCUGAAGGCGAGAGUACAACUGAAUAUUUAACCGGGCCCUCGCUCCCAGCCAGGCUACCGGCUGCAGUCGUCGGAUCAUGCACGCCGCGGCACGGAUCUAGCCCCAAGCACAGCUGACCACCAUCUCACAAUGUCUACUGAAGCUGAAACCACUACUAUCAGCAGCCAGCCUGAGCAGCAGGCUCUACCGAAAACACAGCCUUCAAAGAAGGAAAAAAAGAAAGGAUCAGAAAAGACAGAUGAAUCUCUCCUGGCUAGAUUCAAAAGUGAUGGUGUAAGAUACAAAGCUAAACUAAUUGGCAUUGAUGAUGUCCCAGAAGCAAGAGGAGACAAAAUGAGUCAGGAUUCAAUGAUGAAGCUGAAGGGAAUGGCAGUGGCAGCCCGUUCCCAGGGUCAGCACAAACAGAAGAUCUGGGUGAACAUCUCCCUCUCUGGUAUCAAGAUAAUAGAUGAGAAAACCGGGGUCAUAGAGCAUGAGCAUCCAGUGAACAAAAUCUCCUUUAUUGCUCGGGAUGUAACAGACAAUCGUGCCUUUGGCUAUAUUUGUGGAGGAGAAGGCCAGCACCAAUUUUUUGCCAUAAAAACAGCACAACAGGCUGAGCCUCUAGUUGUUGAUCUUAAGGACCUCUUCCAGCUAAUAUAUAAUAUGAAGAAAAAAGAGGAGGAAGACAAGAAAAAGAGUGAAGAAGUCAAUAAGACUGAGAAUGGUAGUGAAGCACUACCUGCUGAUCAAGCUGACAAACUGAAACUGGGAGUUGACCAGAUGGACUUGUUUGGGGAUAUGUCCACGCCUCCUGAUGUGAGCAGUCCCACGGAAACUAAAGAGAUUCUGUUAGUGGAUCUAAACUCUGAAAUUGAGACCAAACAGACUUUUACAAAAGAGGAUCUCUUCUUGAAUGGCAUCACAACCUCUCUUCCACAACCAAAGCCACAGCCACCUUUCUUGCCUGAAACUUCUUUUUCUGCCAAUCUCAGCUUCUUUCCCACACCUAAUCCAGACCCUUUCAGUGAUGAUCCUUUCGCACAACCAGACCAAUCUGCACAGCCUUCAUUUGAUUCUCUAAAAUCUGCUGAUCAGAAGAAGGAAAGUCUGAGUACCUUGACACCGGUGGGUAAUGGUGCUUCAAAUGGUGAUAUUGACUACUUUGGUAAACAGUUUGACCAGAUUUCUAAUAGAACUGGCAAACGAGAAGCACUCACAAGCCAGUGGCCAUUUGAGAGUAAGCCGCCUGCAGCAAGAACCCCAAAUGGGGUACCAGAGAGAGAACAGAAUGGCUUUCUUAAAGCCCCAUCAAACCUGUUUGUGGAAGGGUCUUCCAAAGGAGUAUCUCUGCAGAAUGGAGUAAAGCUGGAUUCUGAAAGCAAUAUCCAGCUCAUGUCACAUGAGUCUAUAACAAUUAGCCCACCACCACAAAGUACCAAGCCAGGAAGAGGAAGGAGGUCUGUCAAGACUGCAUCAAGUGACUUGUUUAGUUCAGACUUGUUUGCACCAACUACAGAGAGCCUUGGUUUGACUUCAGUGGCACAGCCAGGAACUGUGCCAACUAGCCCACUGGACCUCUUCAAAACAAGUCCUACCACAGCGCCUCCACUGGCUGGUCUAGGUGGCUUGCCAGUAACUUCAUCCCCAUGGAGUGCACAGACCUCUGCCUUCACUCAGGCUGCAUCAGUCUUUCCUGGAUCUAUGAUGCCUGCUCAGCCUACAGGAUUUACUCAACCACUUGCCUUUGGUACUCAAGCAGUGUCAAGCUGGAACCAGCCAGCAUCUUUUGGUCCAGCACCCUCUCAGUCCCCUGGUCUGUGGGCACAGCCAGCACAAGUUCCAUCUACUUCAUGGGCACAGCCAGCUGGUGCUGUAAAUCCCUUCCAGAGUAGCGUAUUCCCACCUUCAACACUACCUGCUCAGACACCAUCUGUACUGCCUUCCAUGUCAACAACUACUAGCCCGCCUCAGCCACCACCUAGAACUGCACCUCAGAAGGAGCUAUCCAAGAAAGAGAGUGAUGCCUUUAUUGCUCUGGAUCCACUUGGUGAUAGAGAGAUGAAGGAUGUCAAGGAAAUGUUCAAAGACUUCCAGCUGACAAAGCCACCUGCAGUACCAGCAAGGAGAGGAGAGCAGCAAAGCCUUUCAGAACCUCCAAAGCCUGUUCCCCGACAGAGCGCUCUGCCAGCUGAUGGCCUGUUUGAAAGUCAACCUAAAACGGACGUUUUCAGCACCUCCUCUGAAUCUCAGAAACCGCCUUCCGGUCCAUUUGGUGAUCCUUUUGGCAACCCAUUUGCAUAGAUCAGGCAUAACCAGAAAAGGACAAAUGGAUUAACUGGACCUCUUCUCAACAUGACUUUUCUACUUGUUUCAUUUUGCUGUCUGCCACUCUUGCUGCUGUUCCACAAUGUCUGUAAUCUAAAACAUGUCCAGGUGAAUUGAAACAUGAACCCUCAAAGAACAUGCUGUGAAGGUGAUUCAGGGCAAAACAAGUGGGAAGUUGGACUCAUGCCAGACAUCCCAGUUCAAAUUGGUGAAUGGUAAUUUUACUUUAGUCUUGGCAGUCUUCCAUGGAAGAGCUUAGCAACACUAAGUCAUGCUGUCUUGUAAAUCUGGUCACCUCAAUUCCUAUUUCUGUAGCACUUACUGUCCUAUAAUAUAGGAACUGAAUGUACCUGGGGAAGAAAUGCUGCCCUCACAUGAGGGAACUGAAUUAGUAGCUAAAAUUCCACAUCUUAAACAACUAGGUCAGUUGCAUGUUACCACAACAGCAGCCAGUUGUAAAGUUAGGUGGACACUACUCACUUCUAAUUGGUGACUGGACAUAUGACUUGGUCUCUGAGCUGCAAGGAGGUUAGAAUGUAUGGUAGGAAAAAAUCCAAUACUUGCCUAUUCACCAAAUAGUAAAACUAGCACUCCACCGUAAGUGUAUAAUAAAGGGACUAUAACCAUGGGGCUGUGGAACUCUGAGCAAACUUGGUCUGUAACAGAACUCCUAGGGUCCCAGGGUACUGGAGGUCUAUGCUAUAGAGUCAGAUAAGCUGAAGCACUUCCUGCAGAGCAGCCAGGUCGUCAUGGACACUAAAUACUGUCUUGGUGCUAAUAUGGCAUUAUUUUUCAGGGAGGGAAAUCUACUUGGAUACUUUUUUUGUUGGUUGGUUUGCUUUUUUUGUCUUGAGGUGGCUUGGCAGAUAAAUGGAACAAGCAGAUAGGCUUCUUGCUUGUACUUCAGUGAAUGUCCCUGAUGUUGCUCACUUUGAGUUGUCACACAAUGUAGUGUGGCAUGUUUCCAAUAUGUUAGAAAACAAUCAUGGCUUCACUCCAUGCCUAGAUUCCUUGUGAAUAGAUAAACCCCCUCUGUGCCAUUAAUGUGAGGUAGUCCUCCAUCUCUUUGAAAACAGUGCCUUUUCUAAUGAACCUUUUCACUAACAGACCUUAAAUCAGUUGUUUUAUAACUGACUGUAACAGCUACUUUCUUGGCCAGUGGUGAUGGCUGAUGUGUGAGUCUUUCUGUUCAUACUAAGUAUAAACUUGAAACAGUAUUGUUAAAUGCCUGAGCAGCUGCUGAACUGGAGAGCUAUAAAAAUCAACUUGAAGAUAGCCUUAGUACCCAAUUCAGCCAGUCAUACAAUUUGUCUUGUAUAUAAACCUUCUUUGCACUUUCUGUAAUGCAAAAAAGCUAAGAAUUAUUUGUCCCAACUGGAAAUGCAGAAACUUAUGGAUGUUACACUGUUAUAAACUGUAGUAUCUCAAGUGAUGUUACUUUAAUGACAUUAAAAAGAAGCAACUCUUCAUAGCAAACGAA